CUAAACAACAGUCACGAAUGUCGGACGGUUUACGAACGGGUACUACGCCAAAUUUGGUACAUUUUCGUUUUUUAUCAUUCGAAUGCGUGCUCGAGCGUCGCGUGGUUAAUUUCGGGUUUUGGCAAUUAACAAAGCCAUCGCAUUUUAUGCAAAUCAGGGAUAUCGGAACGGUGUAAAUCACACACAUAAAUGUCAAAUUGAAAAAUUAGCCACAUGAAAUUUUGCAGGCGAUACCCAUAAAACUCGCCUUAUCUAAACAAAUGUGAAUAAGAAACCAUUUUGUGCAUUAAAACCCAUGAACAAAAUAUGCAAUAAAUGUGAUAAAAUUUGAUCAAAGAAAAAAACGAAAACCUUGUAAUCAACGGAAUUUCAGAACUACGACAGGAAAUAACAUGCCAAAAUGGAGCUGAUUAAGAAAUACAAACAGGGAAAGCUAACCAGCAGCGAUAUUCGCAAUCUAAAUCAUACUGUAAUAUGUCUGAUGGUCGUCGUAGCAGUAUUCUCCAUUCUAUGGAGUAUUUCGCUGCACAUGAUAUCGAGUGAUUUGAACGAGGGAAUAGCCAGUGCCAAACUCAUCUUCCGGGAGCGCGACGUCGACAAAAUGGAUGAGCACAGCAAGCAGAUCCAUCACCAGGACUUUAUCACAAUCACCCAAAACGCCUUUGGUCGAAAAUAUUCCGUUCACGACGUAACUCCCGAAUCGCUGCAGAGCGAGAGCCAAACCUCUAAGCCAAUCUAUAAGAUAAAGCAUAUCUAUGAUUCCGUCGAGAAUCGACCUAAAUUGGAGCGUCUUAUGGCUGAAAGCAAAGCGGAGAUAGUUACGACCACGAAAGCUCCUCCACCAAAGAUAACGUUUAAUGCCGAGGCAGAUCGCCAAUUUUUGAGUACUAAAUCCAUCGAUAUUGUUGCUACUUUUUGGGAUCGAGGCAUUGGAGCUCAGUUUGUCUAUGCAUUUCCGGUCAUUUCAGAAGCCGUGGCUAUCAUAUGGACAGCUAUGUGUCUGAUAUUUCAGACGGGUAGCAAAAAGAGUUCAGUGCUGCCGAAACCUUGGCGCAUUGUAGUGCCCUCCAUCAUAAUUUUCUCGGUUAUGAGUGUGGCUAGCAUAAUCUACACUAUCCUAACCAAUGGCCAUCUUAAACGAUUAUGUUUCCAAUUGAGGGAAAAUCUCACAGAUCCCACUGCCAUCAGUUGUGGCGAUGCCAUCGCCCUCCUCCGUCCCAUCGUUACCGACCACUCGGUGUCCCACGAUGCCUAUCUGGAGCUCUUCCGCUGCAGCUACGUGAUCGGAAUGGUGCUGUGGAUAGUGGCUCUGCUGGUCAUGGUGCUGCGAUUUAUCUUCGCUGUGGACUUCCAGCUGGUGGACAUCGAUGAAAUGUUCGAUGGCUCUCGAUAUGGCGAUACCCAAGCUCAGAUUCGACCAGUUUACACUGAGGUAAUGCAAAAGAGCAGUCCUCAGCAUCAGACGCAGAUGCGUCCAAGAUCGGAGGACGACUAUCAAAGUGCCAGGUCGCGUUUGAGCGAUCUUGCCGUGCCACUUCUGGAGGUGCAGAGUCAGUCCCAGGUUCCGCCAACUACUGUGGCGUAAUCCCAGUGCUGGGUAAUGAAUCAGCAAUCUCAGGUUUAGUUUUAUACGAUGUGUUAGUGUUUAGUAGAUGAUGCCUAAGGAUUAUUAAGUCAACUAACCUGAUUUAAGUAAAAGUUUUAUGGGGCUCUGUAUUUCGGAGCCCCUUAAGAUUCGA